AUGUCUCUGCGUAACACAGUCAAAGACCUUCGGCGAAGUCUCCCGAGCCACACAGCUUCAUCUCCUAGCUCGUACCUCGAGACAGAAAUCAUAGAGCACCUCAGGGCAUGUCCAGCAUAUGAAGCCCCGACAUCCUCGCACAUACAACCCAUGAACUCGGACUCAUCACGCAGCUUCGUCGAGUGUACACUCGACUCGGAGCUAGCAUCGGGAGAUGCUCCUCCACCAUACAUGAAGCUCUCCAACGGGAACAGAAAGCCCGAAUACUCGAUAUCCGACCCUGCCCGGACCGCAGAUGCGAAGCGAUCUCGAAGCGAUGGUGCAUUGUGUCUCCGGUGCAAUGCACGCAAGGCCAGGGCAUGGUAUCUCCGGCAGACGGCGCGCACAAGCCCGUAG